AUGGAGAAUGGACUGGCCCCGAACCCCUCUGUGAACCUGUGCGGCCUAAUUAAAAAAAAGGGUGCAUCCGCUCAGCGAUUGGUUCGUGGAGGAAAGAAAGCAGCACCUGAGGCUUGGCCUUGGCAAGCGGCCAUCUACGAUAACAAUGCGCAGGUGAAAGAUAUCAUUUGUGGAGGAGCUCUGAUUGGAAGCCAAUGGGUUCUCACGGCAGCACAUUGCGUCGUAGACGGCGACGACACGAUUGCAGUUCGAGAUGUGAAUGAUUUCUUUGUCUAUCUCGGCAAGCAUCAUCGAAAUAUGUCCAUGGACGAUGAAGUCGUGCAAAAGAUGAAGGUGACUCAGAUCAUGGUGCAUGACAAUUACACCGGCUUGGAGUCAGAUAUUGCUCUGAUGAAACUCCACGAUUCGGCUAAUAUCACGAAAUGGGUUCAAUUGAUCUGUCUGCCGUCCAAUGAUGAACUGUCUGAUGAAUUUUUGGAUGGUGUACGAGAUACAUUUGGCGGUCCUUACCGAGGAGAGGUUGGGGAAGAGACGCUUCAGACCGGGGAACAGAUGUAUUGA